AUGGGUCCAACAGGGGGCUGUUCCACCCCCUGUGCCCUGGAGCAGGGCUGGGAGGCGGGGGUGGGGGACGUUGCUACCCCUGGCGGCGGACCGGGCAACCUGAAACUGGCGAACAGAUACAGUGAGUGUGACGGACUGGUGCUGGUCCAACAUGAGGGUGUGUGGGGACACGUGUGCAACCAGGACUGGACGCUGGCGGAGGCAUCGGUGGUCUGCAGGCAGCUGGGCUGCGGCCAGGCUGUGGGGGCUCCCAAGUAUGUCCCGCUGCCCCAAGAGAGGAAGCAGCCUGUGCUCCACAACGUGUCCUGCAGGGGGGACGAGUCCUCCCUGUGGGAGUGCAGCCUCGGGGCGUGGACGCAGACCCAGUGCCCCCACGAGUGGAUGGUGGUGGCGCUGUGCUUCAACGGUACUUUCCGGGAGAUCCGGCUGGUGAAGGGCCGAAGCCCCUGCUCCGGGCUCCCCGAGAUCAGGAACCUGAACGGCAUUGACCGCCUCUGUGGCCUGCACAAGACGGAGGCCACAGUGUUCUGCCAGGAGCUGGGGUGCGGCCCCGCGCUGCAGGCUUCCCGCCAGGACGCAGGCACUGGCGGGAAGUACAUGACUUGCCAGGGCACGGAGCCCACCAUCCGAAACUGCAGACUCAACAACAACCUCCGCAGCGGCUGCGACUUCCAGCAAGACGCAGAGGUGGUCUGUUCAGGACACAUUGAGGCCCGGCUGGUGGGCGGCGAGCACCCUUGUGCUGGGCGCCUGGAGGUGAGGCGUGGCCUGACCUGGGGCACUGUCUGCGACGAGGACCUGGACCAGGCCACAGCCCACGUGGUGUGUCGGGAGCUGCAGUGUGGCAUGGCCGCGUCCACACUCCCGGGCGCACACUUCGGCCAGGGCUCUGGGUCCGUGUGGACGGAGGCCUUCCGCUGUGCAGGCAACGAGUCCCUGCUGUUCCACUGCCCUCGGGCACCUGGGCACCAGUGUGGGCACGGCCAGGACGCUGGGCUCAGGUGCUCAGGUGAGGCCGGGAGGUUCCGGCUGGUCAACGGCAGCAGCAGCUGUGAGGGGCGCGUGGAGCUCCAGGUUCAGGGGGCCUGGGCACCCCUCUGUGCCGCCCACUGGGACCUGGCAGACGCCACCGUCCUCUGCCACCAGCUCAACUGUGGCAGUGCCCUGGCCGCGCCCCGAGGAGGUCACUUUGGGCACGGAAGCGCUCCCCUCUGGCCCGACAGGUUUCACUGCGUGGGGACAGAGCCCUAUUUGUGGAAUUGCCCAGUGAGCACCCUGGGCGCCCCCGCCUGUGCCCCGGGAAACUCGGCCUCCGUGGUCUGCUCAGGUGGGUCAGCAAGAGCGAUGGAGUCUGAGCUGUGGCAGUGCCCGUCGGGGGGCUGGGGCCAGCACGACUGUGGGCACAAGGAGGACGCCGGCGUCUUCUGCUCAGAGUCCGUGGCCCUGAGGCUGCACGGGGGCACCCAGCACUGUGCUGGGUGGCUGGAGGUGUUCUACAACGGCACAUGGGGCGCCGUGUGCGGUAACUCCCUGAAGGACAACUCCUUGUCCAUCAUUUGCAAGCAGCUGGGCUGUGGGGAGCAGGGCUGGCUGGAGAACAGGCCCGUCCCCACUGGCCUGGGUGUCUCCUGGGUGGACAACAUUGAGUGCCGCAGGCUGCAAAACUCUACGCUGUGGCAGUGCCCCUCAGCCCCGUGGCAUCCGCGCUCCUGUGCCCAUGGAGAGGAGAUCUGGAUCACCUGUACAGCGAAAACGACGCAGGACCCCGGGGAGACCCUCGACUGCUCAGCCACCCGCAGCUGCCCAGAGGAAGGCUCGGUGCGCGUGAGCGGGGGCGAGGACAGCUGUUCCGGCCGCGUGGAGCUCUGGCACGAGGGCUCCUGGGGCACCGUGUGCGACGAUUCCUGGGACCUGGCGGACGCGGAGGUCGUGUGCCGCCAACUGGGCUGUGGCAGGGCCAUCAGCGCCCUGGCCGGGGCCGCCUUUGGUCCAGGCUCAGGGCCUGUGUGGCUGGACGAGGGGGGGUGCCGGGGCAGCGAGGCAUCCCUGUGGGGCUGCCCAGCGGAGCCUUGGGGACAUGCAGACUGCGGGCACAAGGAGGAUGCGGGCGUGCGCUGCUCCCGUGACAGAGGGACCACGGUCCUCCCACCAGCAUCAGGCCCUGCCUUGGCCCCACUGCCUUCCCUCAAGGCUGGGACCCUGCCCAUGAUCUUCUGCUUCGUUCUGGGCACCCUCCUGGGCUGCGUCUCCCUGAUCCUGGGGGUGCAGUGGUACCGCAGAGGAACCUGCAGGGGUUUGGGUGUGGCCUUUGCAGGUUUUGGAAUGCUGGGGACUCGGCCCUCGGAAGUUGUUUAUGAGGACAUCGGAGCUGUCCCCAUGGGGGAGAAGGUUGAAGGGUCCAGUGUGCCCCAGGACCUGGUGCCGGAAGAGGACUAUGACGAUGCCUGGGAGCCGGAGCCAGGCCCUGAGGAACUGGAGGAGGAGCAGGAGGAGGAGCCGGAGGAGGAGCCGGAGGAGGGGACGGCCCUGAGCUCCGUGGACUCUGCACCCUCCGGGCCCCAGAGUGCAGGCUGGGACGGAAAACCGCGGUGGCCCCGGCUUCAGGAUGUGAUGCCCAGGAGCUGGCCAUCGGGGACACCAGCAAGACUCCUGGGGGCUCUCAUGUUCCUCAUUUCUAAAAAAGAUGCCAUUAAACUCCCUUUGAACGCAUGCAUCCAUCCAUUCGUUCACCUCAGAGCAUUCCCCAGACAUCCACCGUGGCCAGGUUCUGUUUUCCACCCCCCAACCCUCUGCCUCGCUCUGGUCUGA